CGGGUGGCAAUAAAAGAAAGCUGUCUGGUAUUUGUGGUGACAUUUGCUUACGACUUGAUCCGUAUCGUGUAUAAUGUUUAUGUGUAACUGCAAGAAUCACCGUCAGUGUAACGAACAAAAUAAACACACUUCGACAAUGCAAACUUGCUGCUGCUUUUGUAUAAUUCUGAAAUCGCCUGUCAAUGACUGAAAAACGCCUUUAACAGCUAUGAUGAUCACUGUUUUAGACUCUAUGCCUCGGGUUAUGAAUAAUUCAGGUAUUCUUAUAGAACGGCAAACCGCGCUCUGGAAUGGAAAAUUCAUUUGCGCAUUUUAGAAAUGAAAUCACAAUAGACCACGAUUUGUUGCGAUCUUACGACGGUAACAACAGAAGUGGAAUUUAAUGGUCACAAACUACACGAAAAACCUUGUGUAAAAUACUAGGAGUCUAAAGGGAUAAAAGGGUAAAAUGGAGUCAACAAUCUUAACGUUUUGCAUAUGUUGCACUUUUCAGUAAUGAACGAAUGUUGGAAAAAAGCUGCACAACCGUUCAGUCAGAUCUCGGCUGAAGCCUAAUGAUGCUGUGGUACUGCGGUUGUCAGCACCAAUCAAAAAAUAUUGGGCUGAAAGUAAGGGUCUCGAUUUUGAUCAGCUGCUUGGUACAGGUGCAUACAAAGAAAAUUAUCGGCUAGAAAUGAUACGUUGGGGAGAGUCAGUCAGGGCCAGAGACCCAGGCUACUUCUGUCAGCGUGCAAUAGAAAUGUCCAACGGCACCCAAUUCAGUGUGUGGAUUGUGAGUGAUACCAGGAGACUGUCCGAUUUGAAAUGGUUCUUGGAUAACUGUGGUGGGCCCUCUGUGGUUCACACUGUAAGAGUUGUUGCUGAUGAUGCAGUCCGGAAACAGCGUGGGUGGAUGUACACGCCAGGUUCACGGUCUCAUGGUACUGCACGGCCUUUGCCGCCGCCCGAUGGUGCCACCAGGGCACCCCAGGAGGAGCAGUCGUCCCCAUUCGCCGACCCUAUGGAUCUGGACCCAUCAAUGCCGUCUCCAUCGCCACCGUCACCCCAGGACAUGCCCUCAGACCUGGACAUUUGCCAUGGCAGCAGUUUUUCGGAGGAUGCUCCUUUUGCCAGAUGGUGGGGUAUAGUUGAGAGAAUGCCAUCCUCCACAGCUACGGCUCCAGGCUCAUCUCUACAUCUAGAGUCCUGCCUCUCUCCCUUUUGUCGUUCACAGCCUCACUACAUGACAAUGGUACAGCAUUUCUGGGGGGGGGGGGGGGGGGGAUUUGCCGGCAUAGGCUGUUGCCAGCACUCCAGUUGGCAAAGAGGCUGUGACAAGAUGGAUAGUAGGCAGCGGAGCAAGUGAGACUAUCAGGAGAGAGGGCAAUGACAGACUCACAAACAACCACCGCCAAUGCCCUCUCGAUCACCAUGUACAGCAGGACUUGUACUUCACAAGCAGUGAGGCUAACUUGGACUAUUACAGAUGAGCCAGUACCACAACAACUAGGUUAAAGGCAAGUAGUUUAAUAGUCUUAUGAAUAAAGAACUCGGUUAAUA